GAAUGACUUCGCGCCUGGUCCUGGUCAUCGGCGACCUGUUCAUCCCUGACAGAGCUCCCGACCUCCCCGCAAAGUUCAAGAAACUAUUGACGCCGGGCAAGAUCGGCCAGAUUCUCUGUCUCGGCAACUUGACCGAUCGCAACACAUUCGAAUUCCUCCGGCAGGUGGCGCCUGACCUGCAACUGGUUAAAGGAGAUUUCGAUGUCGAUUCCCCCAAUCUCCCUCUCUCGAAGGUCGUGACCCACGGCAGCCUGCGCAUCGGAUUUACGCAUGGCCAUACGAUCAUCCCCCCAGGAGAUGCGGAUGCUCUCUUGAUCGCCGCUCGUCAGAUGGACGUAGAUAUUCUGCUGUGGGGCGGUACCCAUCGAUUCGAGGCUUUCGAGCUGGAAGGUCGAUUCUUCAUCAAUCCCGGCAGUGCCACGGGUGCGAUGAGCACAGGAUACUGGGCCGAGGGAGAUGAGCCCACACCCAGCUUCUGCUUGAUGGAUAUCCAAGGUGAUGUUCUCGUGCUUUAUGUUUACCAGUUAAAGACAGAUGCCAACGGGGCUGAGACGGUGGCGGUGGAGAAAGUAUCCUACCGCAAGAACAACAUCGCAUCUUCAUGAGUUGACGCUCCUAUCUAUUUUUCUUGUACAUAACCAUAGAUCUGACGCGAUAAUGACUUCCUCCUU